AUGAUUUAUAUUAUAGCUAAGAAAACUCGUUUAUUUUUAUAUUACAGAUCUUCACAUGUGAAUAUUGAACCACUUGCUUCAACUAUUGUCGUAGCAUCAGCAUGUUCAAAUUCAUCAAUAAUUCAACCUGAUGUAAUCGCUACAACUGUGUCAACAUCUUCACCAAUAUCAGUAUCUAAUAAUAUCGAAAAUACAACUACUAUUGAUCAAAAUCCAUUAGAAAAAUCACCUAUUGAAAUGAUUAUUAUCGAUGAUACUCCAACUGAUAAUCAACAAGAACAUGAAACAAUAAAACCUACGAAUAAUAAUAAUCAACAAAUGAAUCCAUGGUCACCAAUUAGUGAUGAAAUUGAUGCUGCUCUUGAACAAGUUCUUAUUCAAAUUGAUGCAUCUAAUAAUGUUCCACUUGAAUUUACACCAACAACAGCUCGACGAACAGAUACAGAAAUAAUGGCUGCUCUUCUACCUAAAAUACCAUUAAAACAAGGACGAUUUCGUUCCGGUAAACCAAUCAUAAAUCGUUCAACAUCGAAUGCAGCUAAUGAAUAUCGACCAUUAUCAACUGCUCAAUCGUCUCCGUUGCCAUCAUCCGUUAUUAAUAAAAAUAAUUCAGUACCUAUGACCACUAAUGUUACAAAGAAAUCAUCCUCAUCAAUAUCAUGCCAAACUGCAAAUGAUUCCGAAAAUUUAACUGAUAAUCGUAAUGAUGUUGCUACUAGCCGUAUAUUAACACCGGAUGAAACAAAUCAACAUGAUAAUAAUAUUUCGAUAACGACAACAAUACAAACUAAUGAAGAUCUCCAUUCAACAUCUAUUAUUAAUGAAAAUCCUAAUAGAGAAUUUGAAAUAGAUCGAACAAAUGAAGAACAAAAUGUAACUUCAUCGACUACUAAUGAAAGAACACCAGCAAGAAUAUCUUUUCGUAUGAAUCCUGAUGGAACACGAGUUAGUAUAUCACGACCAGCAUUACCUACCAAUCGUCAAUCACCAUUUUUUAGUUCUUUACGUCGAAACUCAACGGAUGUAACUCCUAUCCAACCAAAUACAAAACAAAUGUAA